AUGGGUACAGCGCACUCUGCAGGUGCUCGGACACAACGAGGAAGCAAAAAAGCACGAAUCAACCGUCUUCGCCAAGCCCAAGCGGAGAUUGACGAACUUGAAAGGCAGAUCCAUGAGCUCAAGAUCCUACUAUAUCAAACUCAAGUGGACGGAAUCAUGAAGCGUGAUAAGCGAGAUGCAGAGAUAUAUGAUAUAGACACACAGACUUAUCGAAUGAGAACCGAUCUGAUAAAGAAGGGGAAAAAGGCAUCACAGGUUGUGCCAUUUCAAGAAUACCUCAACAUCGCUCGGAAUGCUGCUGCUACCCCAAAGAAAAAAGAGGAAAACACAAAGAAAGAUAAUAAUGAGAACGAAACUGAAACUGUUGGCAAUACGAAUGCUGACAAAGUUACAGAAGAUAAGGCUCCACCUACUCCUGCUACAAUCCCAAAACCAAAUGAUCAAAUAGCCAAGCCACCGUCUCGGUUUUCCAGAGCCAUCAUGGUGGUGCCAAAUUUCCGAGACCUUCCACUGGCCAAUACUCUAUUUGCCUAUUUGGAGGCGUAUUUAUUGAAGCGAUUGCACAUGGCCAUGCUUCAAGAACAUCAGCAAAAAAUUCAUCGAGACUGUUGGAGCAACAGUAUUGCGGACCUUUGUUUGGAAAUGGAACCCCUGAAAAAGGAAUCUGCCUUGGUCAAGACCAAAUUGAAUCGAACUGUAGAGGCGCACAACGAUCGACUCAAGGGCAUGAAGAAAGUGUAUGAAGAUCAUCUAAGGCUACAAGAGUUGCUGAUAUAUCGCUAUGAGCAAGCUCCAUGGAACGACGUCGCGGAAGAAUCGCCAGAGGAUGACUUAGCACAUGAGGAUUUCGAUGAAAGUAAGCAUAUGGCGUGA